AUGUUGCAUUCAUCCAACGAACAUCAGCUUCCAAAUAGCACUGAAGGUCGCAAGAUAGCCACGCUACCAAGUCGACAACAGCAAGUGGCUUCCAGUUUCAAUCAUGAUUCAAAGAAUACAAAAAUGAAAUCAGCUAUUAUUUCUUCAAAACGAGAUGAUUCUGUCUAUGAUAUUGACGUCAAAUCUUAUCGUUAUUUAUCGACGACUAGCCAUCAUAAAUUCGUUCCACUUUCGAUAAACUCCUCAUCGAAAGGAGAAGUUUCAUUUUAUGAUAUCGAUUAUAUUGCUAAUGGCAGAAAAAUGAAAUGUAAGUGCCCAAAUAUAUGUCCAUCUUUCUUAAAAGAAAAACCAGCCAAACAAAUUCUAUAUGGUCUAUCCGGUAAUUUUAAAACGGGAAUGCAUGCAAUUAUGGGUUCAACAGGAUGUGGUAAAUCUUCUCUACUUGAUAUUCUUGCCAAUCGUAAAGAUCGCCAUGGUUUAUCUGGCCAAAUUUUUGUCGAUGGCUCGCCAGCACCCAGUUCAUUCAAGUAUAUGGUCGGCUAUGUUGUUCAAGAUGAUAUCAUUUCCGAGACACUUACAAUACGAGAAAAUCUCAUGUUUUCAGCGAAUAUUCGUCUGCCUCGUGACGUGUCUCAUGUUGAACGUGUAGAACGAGUGAUAAAGGUUAUCUCUGAUCUUGGACUUGAAUCAUGUGCUGAUACAACGGUUGGUACCGAGUUUAUCAGAGGUGUAUCUGGUGGUGAACGAAAGCGAGCAUGCAUCGGAAUGGAACUUAUACUAGCACGGAAAAUAUUUUUCCUUGAUGAGCCAACUACAGGACUCGAUGCAGCCACAGCUCGAAAAGUAAUGAAAUGUUUAAGUAAUCUAGCAAAACAAGGACGUACUAUUAUCUUUUCAAUACAUCAGCCACGUUAUUCGAUAUUUAAACUUUUCGACACAGUAACCCUAUUGUCUGAGGGUGAAAUGUUGUAUCAUGGGCAAGCAAAAAAUCUGUUAAAUUAUUUUUCUCAACAAGGUUAUUCAUGUGAGCCUCAUGAUAAUCCGGCUGAUUUUGUCAUUGAUGUUCUCAUCGAUGCACAGGAAAGGCCCGGUGCAUUGGAAAAUUUGAGACUAGCCUAUGAGAAAUCUUCUAUGCAUCAACAUGUUAUGAAACUUCGAAAACAACAAUUUAUUGAUGUAAAUCUUCAAAUACGAACUAGUCGAAAAUCAGCUAAACCAACAAUAUCUCUUUGGAAUGAAUUUUACUAUAUUUGUCUGCGGACAUUAAAAAAUACUUUUCGCAAUCCAUCAUUAAUCCUAUCACAAAUAGUCGUGUCGAUUAUUUUAGGACUAUUAGUUGGACUCGUAUUUUUCGAUUUGAAAAAAACAACUGACCCAGGAGUACAAAAUCGUUUAGGUGUAAUAUUUGUUAUUGUUGUAACACAAAUCUUUAGUACACUAACAGCAUUAGAACCAUUAAUUAAAGAACGUGCUCUGUUUAUUCAUGAAAAUGCCAGUGGUUAUUAUCGAACAAUAACCUUCUUCUGUGCUAAAUUCUUAUGUGACAUAUUACUUAUACGAGUUAUUGUAUCUAUUCUUUUCUCGCUCAUCGUUUAUUUUAUGACGGGUUUAGAACGCGAUAUUGGUAAAUUCGGUGUUUUUCUUAUUACAAUUUUUAUGGCAAGUCUAUUCGGAUCGUCGAUGUGCCUUCUUGUUGCAGCGACAGUUCGUUUAUUUAGUGUUGCCGUGAUCAUCGUUAUUCUUAACUUUUUGAUAGUGAUGCUCUUCAGUGGUUAUCUUAUAGCAUUAAAAAGUAUAUUCAGUUGGUUGUCAUGGCUUCAAUGGGUUAGUGCUUUUCGAUAUGCAACGAAUAUGUUAACAAUGAGUGAAUUUCGCAAUAUUGACUUUUGUCUAGUCAAUUCAACGAAUAUUUGCCCAUUACCAGGCUCACAGGUUCUACAUAACGUCGGUUUAGAUUAUACAACCAAUUGGGAUUUAUGGAAAAACUUCUUUGGAUUAUCAAUGAUGACUGUUGGUUUAUUUUUGUUAGCUUAUAUUCAACUUCGUAGAAUUAAGAAGACGAAGUAG